ACUAAUAUCAUCAGCUGCUAGGGGUCGCUUUUGUACUGCUACAAAAUAGUUUCAAGAUGGCUGCCGCCGUAGAUUCGGACGCGGAAAGCGUGGAAAGUUUUUCGGGGUCUGACGUCUCCGACAAGGAGUUGAUGGAGGCUUACAAGUCCGGCCUUCUGAAGCCUGGUCUGAACAUAGAGGUGUCAGAACCCAGAAAACACAUCAACAAUGUGGCUGGUUUGAAGCAGAAACUUGCGGACUUCAGACAGGACCUGGACUGGUUAGAGCGGCUGGACGUCACCACGGACCCCGCGCCCAUGCCUGCUGCGAUGGCGGAGGUCACCGACAUGGAGGCAGCCAAGGCCACCACGGCAAGGGACAUGGACGUCCAUAAUGACUUCCAGAGAGAGAUGACGUUCUAUCGCCAGGCACAGGCUGCAGUGAUGUCAGCCCUCCCCAGACUACAGAAACUCGGCAUCCCGACCACCAGACCUGAGGACUACUUCGCAGAGAUGGCCAAGUCUGACACCCACAUGAAGAAGGUGCGCGAGCGGUUACUGAGUAAGCAGCAGGGUCUGGAGCGAGCGGAGAAGGUUCGGAAGGUUCGGGAGAUGAGGAAGUACGGCAAACAGGUGCAGCAGGAGGUCCUGCUGAAGAGACAGCGGGAGAAGAAGGAGCUCAUCAAGUCUGUCAAGGAGUACAGGAAAGGAAAGAUUGACAGCUUGGACUUCCUCGAUGACGAAGGACCACCGAGGAAAGGGCAGCCAGCAGGGAAGAAGGGAGGGGCCAACAGAAACUCUAAGUACAAGCAGAAGAAGUUUGGAUUCGGCGGACAAAAGAAGCGGAGUAAGUGGAACACAGGAGAGAGUUCAGCUGACAUGUCUGGCUUCAAGUCUGGAAGGAAACCCAAGGGUCCUCCUGGAAAGAAGGGCCAAAAGGGUAAACAGCCGCGGCCAGGCAAGAACAGAAGACAGAAAAUGAAGGGAGGGAAGAGAAGAUGAUAACAAGAAAUAGAUAACAAGCUUUGAUACAUUUUAUAGUGGGGAGGGGGGCAUACGGAUCAUCAGCAAAGUUUGUUUGGUCCUUCUACGUGAAACAGUGACAUAGCUACUCACCACAAAAUAAAGACAUGAUGGAAUACUUGAAUCUGUGACAAACUCCAAAAGUGUAUUUCAUUGAAACCUUUACAUGACUGUGAAACCUGCUAUGUUUAAAGUCUUCGGUAGAAUCUCCUUGUUUUCUAGCCUGAAAUCCAGGCAUACCUGUUCCAUUC